AAAAUGUACACAUUUUGCCCACUCUUUUUUCAGUCAAAAGAACACCCUGUUUUUACCUACACUUCUACGCUUACAACAUGAAGAGGCCAUUAAAAAUUAAAUCAACACUAAUUUAAAACCUUUCUUUUAUUCUCUUCUCUUGAAUGCUGUAGUCCUUACGCUGCCAGCAUGUGCAGUUCCCACUCUUCCCGCGCGAUUACAGCACUGAACAAGAAGAAUACAACUCUGCACUCAUCUCUUUCAAUCAUUUAUUGCUCUGUCCCCAAAUCAUUUUCGCCCCAUCAACCAAGAAUAUGACCCUUUUCUUCAUCACCACCAUUUGAAUUCUCAUGUACUUGUCUGUCCUGAAUCUCUUCUAUAAUUUCAUCUCUGCAGCAGCUGCUUUUCUUGCAUUCUGAAUUUGUCAGAGGUUUAAUGUUCUUUGUUUUAACCUGUAGUUUAAGGAAUGGCAGAGAUUAAGGAUACUAUUCGAGGGCUUUCAUGUUUUGACUAAGGGAAAAAAUGGACAUCAAGCUUUUCUUCUCAGUGAUCUUAGUGUGUGCUACUCUGUGCUUUCAUACAACAGCUGAACCUGUUGAAGAUAAACGGGCUUUGCUCGAUUUCAUCGACAAUAUUUACCACUCAAGAAAGCUGAAUUGGGAUGAGAAGACUUCUGCUUGCAAUAACUGGACUGGGAUCACUUGCAAUCAUGAUAAUUCAAGAGUUAUAGCAGUUAGAUUGCCCGCGCUUGGAUUCAGAGGCAGCAUUCCUGAGAACUUCCUGCAAAUUAGCCGGUUAUCUGCGCUGCAAAUUUUAAGUCUGAGAUCCAAUGGUCUUGGUGGUGUGUUUCCAUCUGAUCUUCUGAAGCUUGGGGACUUAAUGGUCCUUUAUCUUCAGAACAACAAUUUUCAGGGGCCAUUGCCUUUGGAUUUGUCGGUCUGGAAGAAUCUGUCUGUGUUGAAUUUGUCGAACAAUGGCUUCAAUGGGAGCAUACCUUCUUCAGUUUCAAAUUUGACUCAUUUGACAGCUUUGAAUCUUGCUAAUAACUCACUUUCUGGUGACAUUCCUGAUAUUGAUAUCCCUAGCCUUCAAUGGUUGGAUUUGUCUAACAAUAACCUUAGUGGAUUCUUGCCUCAGUCUCUUCUUAGGUUUCCUAGUUCAUCUUUCUCCGGUAACAAUGUUUCGUCUGAGAAACCAUUGCCUCCGGUUCCUCCACCCACGGCUGCACCUAAGAAGCACUCCUCAAAGUUUAGUGAAUCUGCGAUUCUUGCAAUCGUCAUUGGCAGCUGUGCAGUGGCAUUCGUCUCUAUUGCCUUGCUCUUGAUUGCUACCAACUGGAAGAAAAACGAAGAAGGUAUGUCCAAGACCAAUGUCUCAUCCCAGAAGAAAGAAAAAUCUAUCAAGAGGACAGAUUCUCAGCAUAGGGAUGAGAAAACGAGGCUAGUGUUUUUCGAGGGCUGUAGUCUUGCGUUUGAUCUUGAAGAUCUGUUGCGGGCUUCUGCCGAGGUGCUUGGGAAGGGCACGUUUGGUACUACUUAUAAGGCAGCAUUGGAGGAUGCAACAACAGUUGCAGUGAAGAGAUUGAGGGAAGUUAUUGCUGGGCGGAAGGAGUUCGAACAGCAGAUGGAGGUUGUUGGGAGCAUCAGGCAUGAGAAUGUGGCUCCAUUGAGGGCUUACUAUUACUCUAAGGAUGAAAAGCUGAUGGUGUAUGAUUACUACAGUCAGGGGAGUGUCUCUGCAUUGUUACAUGCAAAAAGAGGUGAGAACCGGAUUCCGUUAGACUGGGAAAUGCGACUAAGGAUCGCAACCGGUGCAGCCAGGGGUAUCGCGCACAUCCACUCACACAGUGGAGGGAAGCUCGUCCAUGGCAACCUAAAAGCCUCAAACAUUUUCCUCAACUCCAAGCAAUACGGCUGCGUCUCCGACCUUGGCUUAGCAACAUUGAUGAAUCCAAUUGCACCACGUUUAACACGGACACCAGGGUACCGCGCGCCAGAAGUUACAGAUACUAGGAAACCAUCACAGGCAUCUGACAUCUAUAGCUUUGGGGUGGUUAUACUUGAACUUCUCACUGGAAAAUCCCCUGUCCACGCUUCUGGACGGGAAGAGGUCAUCCACCUGGUCCGUUGGGUUCAAUCUGUGGUUCGUGAGGAAUGGACGGGUGAAGUGUUCGACGUUGAGCUAUUAAGGUACCCUAACAUAGAGGAAGAAAUGGUGGCAAUGCUGCAAAUAGGCAUGAGCUGUGUAGCAAGAAUGCCGGGGCAGAGGCCGAAAAUCGGAGAUGUGGUGAAGAUGCUGGAGGAGAUAAGAAGUGUUAGUGCAGGAAACAGCCAGUCUGCUGGAACAAGAACACCAGGCUCAACUCCUACUCUGACUCCAUAUGUGGCUGAGGCUGGAUCCUCAUUGGGUCAGAAUUAGUUGCUGGUCAUAUGAUUUAUUAUUUGGAUUAUUUAUGUAUUCUUGAUUCGCUUUGACAAGUUUGUGUUUGCGAAAUUGUUAAAACAACCUGGUUCAUGCAAACUCAGAAGUCAGGUUUAUUUACUUUAGCGAAAUUCAUUGAUUGUGGUUCAUGGCCAA